AUGAGAAUCGCCCGUUUCGCUUUUCGUUCCCUUACCGACGUAUCUUCCCUUAGACCAUGUCCUCCUAUCGUUUCUAGAAGCCUCUCGACCAACGCUAAAGAAGAUCCGAGCCAGAAUCGAAACUCUUUCGAGUCGUUGGACGAUUUUAUGUUUGGCGGAUUUACUGGCAACGAUGAAAACAGCAAUGGUUUCUACAAGCAUCUUGGUAAGGCGGAGAAAGAUAAGCGUGAUUACACAGGCUUUAAUAGAUCAUCAAGCGGGUCGAGAUUCUCCGGUGGUGGCUCCUCGAACAGGGACGAGAGCUUUGAUCCUUCAUCAGAUGGCGUUGAUGGAAAAUUGAAAGAAGCUGCACUGUUUAACAACUUGGAAGAUGAUGAAGGCGUGAAGGAUGGGUACUUUUUCAGGCCCGAUUUCAACAGGUUUGGCGUUAAUCACUUCCCUAAGGAUUUGAACUAUAGAAAGCAGAUGCAAAGACCUAGACAGAAUAACAAGUCUGAGGUAACUACCAAGCAAGUUCUGGAGAACGCUGAUUUCAGGAAUGUUAGGUUCCUUGCACAGUUCAUCACUGAAGCUGGGAUCAUCAUUCAGAGGAAGCAGACUGGCAUUAGCGCCAAGGCACAAAGGAAGAUUGCUAGAGAGAUCAAAACAGCCCGUGCAUUUGGGCUGAUGCCUUUCACAACAAUGGGUACAAAGGCGUUUACAUUUGGGAAAACCAUGGAGAACAGAGACCAAGAUUUCGAGUAUGAAGUGCUUGACGAUGAAGAGUAUGACAAUGCACCUGAGUGA